AGUUGGUGUCUGUACAGGGCAGGGUCAGGAGCGCCCUCACACCCACAACACCGGUGCUCUCAUACGCGCUAUACGGCAGGGAGUACACGUUUACUACGCCAGCCGCACUCAUAAUACGCCAAACAUUAAAUGUAGUAAUGAUCGAUUCAUUGAGUCCUGUUUAGAUCUGUACAUUAUAAAUGUUUUGAGUGUAGCGAUAAAUGCGUAUGUGGCUGGUGGGAGAGCCUAGUGACGCCACUGUCCCUUGAUAAGUGUGUAAGACACUCCUCCCUUGUACAGUGAGCCCCCCUUCCCUCCCUCACCCCUGCUUUGAGACCUUCCCUCCAUCCAUCUCUCCUUCCUCCCCUCCCCUCUCUCUCUCAAUCCCACCCACCAUCCCCAGUGCGUGAGUGGACCGCGUGCCACACCACAUCCCUUCUCGUAAACACUGGCGGACGAACACUCGUGGAAAAGACCAAGCGGAGUGAAAAGUUUUAUUCCUGCGUUGCUGGGUAACAUGGUCUUUAUAGGGCUGGACGGAGAGGCGACAACGAGGUACGUCGAUGGAGGUUCACCCGACCUCAUUGAACUGGACCAGAAUGGCAGGGUGAUGAACAGUGGACACAGAGAGCCUGACCCAGACGCUAUCAAGAUGUUCGUGGGCCAGAUCCCUCGCUCCAUGGACGAGAACGACCUCCGUAAGAUGUUUGAGGAGUACGGUGAAGUCUACCAAAUCAACGUGCUCAGAGACAAGGUCACCGGCCAGAGCAAAGGAUGUUGCUUUGUAACCUUCUAUGCCCGCAAAUCAGCUCUCGAGGCCCAGAAUGCAAUGCACAACAUCAAGACAUUAUCUGGAAUGCAUCACCCUAUUCAGAUGAAACCAGCUGACACAGAGAACAGAAAUGAACGUAAAUUGUUUAUUGGUAUGUUAAGUAAGAGGUACAGUGAACAAGAUGUACGUGUAAUGUUUUCCUCUCAUGGAACUAUUGAGGAGUGUACGGUUCUCAGAGACGCUAGUGGUCAGAGCAAAGGAUGUGCUUUUGUGACAUUUUCUUCUCGUCAGUGUGCCAUCAAUGCCAUUAAAAAAAUGCAUCACUCUCAGACAAUGGAGGGUUGCUCAUCUCCACUCGUAGUGAAAUUUGCCGACACUCAAAAGGAAAAGGAUGCGAAACGUCUCCAUCAAGUAACUCAAAACCUAUGGAAUGUUGCCUCGGCAAAUAACCUAGCAGCACUAGGCCCUCAGUACCUUGCUAGAGAGAGAGAGCGCGGAAGAGAGAGCGUUUCCUCUGCUAACAACCUGGUCGCACUUGGGCCUCAGUAUCUGGCUGCGUACUUACAGUUGCUCCAGCAGCAGGUGGGCAGCUCAGCUGGUUCAGGUGCAACUGCUGGCAGUCUCACCAAUCAACUAGGCAGUCUUCAACAACUGCCAUCCCUUAAUAAUGUUAGUGUACAGCAGCUCUUGGCAGCCUCACAGGGAAAUCUGGCUACACAACAGAUGUUUGAUUCAUCAGGCUCUCAUUCCUUAGGUCUGAGUGGUUUGGGGUCUCUAGGCAGCCUCAACUUGCCCACUUCGACUAAUGGCUCCCAGGAAACCAACCUGCAAGGCUUAUUAGCGUCUAUGAGUUCGCAAAAUACAGGGUUGGGUAUGAACAUGCAGAACCUAGCGUCACUGGCGGCCAUUACAGGUGGCAGCACAACGGGACUUCAAGCUCUCACCCAGCCAGGUAUCACAUUCCCUACUUCUCCCAGCUCUUCCUUCACCCUCACCGACCAAGAGACCUGGUUAAAACACGACUUCACUAGUGUAUUCAACAUACCUGAAUAUACAGCUAUCCACAAUUAUAGAACAAACAAGAAUAGUGGAGUGCUGACUGGCCUCACCUCAUCUGCAAGUGGCUUCCCCAAUAAUGUGAGUGCUGGGUUAGGAGCUGCAUCAUCAUCUAAUCCUGCAGGCAAACAGGUGGAGGGACCUGAUGGGGCAAACCUCUUUAUCUACCACCUUCCACAGGAGUUUACAGACCAGGAGCUUGCCCAUGCAUUCUGGCCAUUUGGCAAAGUCAUUUCUGCAAAAGUUUUCAUUGACAAACAGACCAACCUUUCAAAAUGUUUUGGGUUUGUCUCGUAUGAGAAUGCUUUGGAUGCACAGCGGGCAAUUCAGCAUAUGAACGGUCAACAGAUUGGAAACAAGCGUUUGAAGGUGCAGCUGAAACGUUCCAAAACUGACUGCAAGCCAUACUAACAGGUACUUUUUUAUGUUUUAACUGAAUAUUCAUACAAUGAUACAGUACACCUAGUUCCAUUACAGUACGCAUGUCUGUAAUAUAUAAAUCUCAGUUUCAUGUGCAGACAGGUAUGUCUCUCUUUUUCAUAUCCCUUUUUUAUAUGCUUAACUAAAAAUUUAGUUUAUGAUGAAGCAGCAUUUAUUCAGACUUAAGACCAGACAAUCAACAAUAACUUGUGCCUGUUGUAAUAAGCUCCUGCCAAGAGCACUUGAAACUGCUACACAGUAUUUGGGUAUCACAUUGAUAGUGUUACAGACAAUAACACUUAGUGUAAAUGAAAACAGCAAACACAAUACUCAUGUUCAGGGAAGGUGUUUGAUUCAAGUAUGGGAAAUAUUACAUGUAUAAAAUGUUUGUGUAAUUGUAAAGUAUAUUAAUGUGUACAAAUAUUCGUCCCACAAAAAGUCUUUCAGAAAACAGUCAAGUCAGUAGUAAUGUGAAGCUUAGUGCUCAAAGUGUAUUUAUGUAUAUAUUGUAUAGUAUAUACUGUGGUGGGCCUGCCAGUG